GGUGACAUUUAUUUGAUUGUCUAUGGGAAUACUUGGUUCCUGCACUGUGUGUGCUGCAUCCAGCUGUAAGUACAAGUGUCCUCAGUGCCUCUCGCCUUAUUGUUCCAUCAGCUGCUGUAAACAACACAAAUUAGCGUGCAACCCCACAGAACCUUCCGGUGAUGUAGAUUCCAUUGACAGCUCGGACUCACUUGAUGUCUGGGCACUUGAGUUAGAAAACUCUGGGACGGACUACAUUCCCCUUCGCAAACUUGAGCUCUUAAAGCAUUCAACCACCCUGAAGAUGUUACUAUCUAACCCUCAUUUGCGGAGGUACUUGAGAGAUAUUGAGCUAUCAAACCGUCCAGAUUUAGCCAUGGAGAAAGCAAUGCGGGAACCUCUGUUUAUCGAGUUUGCUGAUGAAUGUCUCCGUGUUUUAGAUAACUAGUAAUUUCUUUUCACAUAUGUGCCUUGUAUAUUUUAAAAUACAUUCCGUUUUUGCCAUGGUA